AUGGGCUUCCACAAGUCAUCCAUGGAAAUCAAGCUCAAGGACGGACACGUCCUCACGGCAUAUUGCCGUCGCCUGUCAGGCGACGCAACUUAUUCCGAACUAGAUCUAGACGAGUUUUUAGGAACGAAGAAAGGACAAUUUGCCUGGGGAUGCACCGACUUUUCCACGCACUCGGCCGACGUGGACUUGCACCUAGAGGGGCCCACCAAUGAACCGAUGCUCCACGCUCACCUCGACGAUGGAACGGGCAACAUGCAGGACAGUGAGGUGAAUCUGGCCUCCUGUAUCAAGAACAUAGAUGGUAAUCUGCGCUUCAUGGAUUGUUUCUAG